CCAAGCUUAUAAAAUCAAGUUGUUUUUUUUUUUUUACCCAGAGCCUGCAGACAAAACUUUGGGCAAAGGAAAUCCUUUCAACUCUUAAAGGAAGCAACAAGCGUCGUCGCCUUCCUCCUUAAGACUAACAGUAUUUUAAAGGGUCAAAACUGACAAAGACAAGCUGACACACUGAAUUAACCCCCUGACACCUCUCCCCAUAUCCCUCACCAUGUACCCCCACCCUUAACCCCCUCUGCCCCCGGCCCCACCCAUGAACCAAUAAGGCUGUUUUCUUCAAGAAAAAAACAGAAAGAAAGAUGGCCACCGGAGGUCAGCUCCAAGUCCAAAAUAAAUGCUCCUCUUUCCUGAAGGCUCAGCCAUUUUUAAUAGUGCAGAUUUAUUGUGCUGAGCUUUUCGGAGGGCGAUCAUAUGUAUGUGGUCAGUAGCGCGUAUGCAGUCUGUGACCCAGCCUCCCUCUCACGUUACACCCUAUUUAUAACAUCCCCUCCGCCGGCUCCCCUCGUUCUGCAGUUCCUAGGAACCUCCUUCUGCUCCCAGCCUCGAGCUCCGGUCUCCUGCUCCUCCUGACAUCCGAGAGGCUCUGCUGCAGCUGAUCUGGGCUCACUGUUUAUCCUGUACAGCCUGGCAACCAGCCGCACACUCCGGAUUAUCACAGGACAAAAACACUUCCUCUGCUUUCUGCUGUUUUUAAAAUUUCUAACUGAGGGAAAAAGUUUUGGAAGUUGAGGGGAAAGGAGAACCACCCUGGAUAUGUGCUUGGAUCUUUGUCUUUUCUAAUAACUUUACUCUUUCAUCUAACUUUUCUGGAGGAUAGUGCGUGUGUGUGUCCCCGCCAUGGAUCACACACUCUUUGGCUGCCUGCGGAGCCCCCACGCCCCGGCUCAGGCCCUGCAUCCUGCCUUCACCCAGUCCCCCCUCACCCUGCACGGACGCUCAGACCACGUCUCCUACCCGGACCUGGCCUCUUCUUCUUCCUCCUCUUCCACCUCUUCUCCCUCGCCCUGCAUCAUCUCCAGCUACCAGGUGGACGACGGCCUGUUUCCCGGGCAACACCACCACCACCACCACCCCCACCCACACCGCGGCCACCUGCCCUCCCAGCAGCAUCACCACCCACCUCAGCACCACACGUCCUGGCACAUCCCACAGAUGCCCUCACCUGGCGGGGGCACGCGCCACAACCUCUGCCACCCACACUCCCACUCGGCCCACGAUAACGGGCCGACUACCCCCGAUCUGGGCCACCCGGGUGCACCCAGUAUGUGUGCCAGCACCCCCAGUCUGGGCAGUGGCAGCACCCCUACAGGGGCCUCCUGUGUGGCUGCAGACUUUGGCAGACAGACUCUGUCACCUGCUGAGGCUGAAAAGAGGAACGGCAAGAGGAAAAGUGACAGUUCAGGUAAGAAGAGUUCAGACCAGAGAGGUCCGGGUCACUUUUUAGAAACAAAACUGAGGGAAGACACCGAUUUCUAAAAAUAUUCUCACUGAAAAACUGUUUUAGAAAUAUAAGACAUCUACAGAUCUGAUAUAAAAUCAUCUUUUUUUUUUUGCUCAGUCUUGGUAUAAGAUAAACAUUACCACAAUAAUAUCAGCACUUUUUAUUUCAAAGACUAAUACUUUUUGCAAAAAUUCAAAAAUAGUUUUAAAAAAUUGACAGUAAAUCUAAUUUUUAAAAGACAACAUCAGCGCCUUAUAUGCAACACUCAACAUGCAUAAACUGAUAAACGCUCUUCAGCCCUUAUUUUAGUUUAAGUCCUGAAAAAUCCUGUCAUAAUGACUGAAAAUUGAGCAAAAAUACUGCAGAUGUUGACUGCACACCGUUUCAUUUGUUCAUCUAAAAAAAAUAAAAUAAAAUUUAGAUAAUUUUUAAAUCAGAUUUAGGUUUGUAAAGCAUUUUCAAAGUAUGUCUUUUUACACCAUUACCAUCAAUUUUAUAAUCAAAUGCUGUUUCACAAUUACACAACAGUUAACAGACAUGCUGCAUGACCUGAGCGAUGAAGUGCAUCAGCGCUGUGAGAUUUAGGGUCACUUUUUUUUCAUUUUUGGAAAUGUGAGACUCAUUUAAAUUUACAACCAAAGCAUAUUCAGGUGUUUUGCACCAAAGUUCUGCUUCUGCAUUAAAUCUUUUUGAUAAACCGCUUGUUUCAAAACCGCUUGAGGCCGUGAAAUUGAAACUCAGUCCUUAAAUAACCUGCACAUUAGAUUAAAUGCGACAAAUUUUGCACAGCAAAGGUAUUUCUUUUUUAAAAAAUGUCACUUUUUUGGAUAAAUCUCACUCCUCAGAUUGCGCCUCCACAGGUAGAGCUUCCCACGCAACCUGCAGCCCUUUCCAACCUGCAGUCGCCACAAUAAUCAAUCACUGCGUGACAAACUGCCGAGGUCGGGUCGCCGGAGUUCUUGCAGGGAACGUGAUAUUAGUGGGAGCUCUUAGUUUUCCAGGGAAAGUGUGCUCGUCGUUCUCCCUGUCCUUUUGAGGGCUGAGGCCGUCAGCGCUGACAUGCAACCCCCCUUUUAGAGGCGUCUUUGUAUGUACAGAAUAACACCUGCAGCACUUAUUUUUACAGCGUGUGAUCAGAGUUUUUGCUCAAGUGUUGGUGGUCCUUUUCGGAGAGCUGCUGUUCCCUCUGACUGGGCGGCUUCAGCUGCAGUUUACAGACGGUUUCUGUGCACAAAUCUUAAACUAGGCGAAAGAUAUUAACACCAAACAGUCAAAAAAUGCUGGAAAAUUGAUCUUAUUUCCUAAAUUUACAGGUUUUGUGGCACAAAGACAACUUUAAGAAGCCUACAAAGCUUACUAAUCUGAUUUAUAAAGUAUUUUGUGGUAAUUUGUACCUGAAAAAUGUUACAAAAAUCAAAUUUAAUCCAGAAUUUUGCACAUUGCAUCAUAUUUUCUUUUCUUUUUUCGAGAAAUCAUAGGUAAACCGAGCCUCGGCCUCCAAAUCCCUCUCCCUCUGUUGCAUACUCAUUACAUGUGCUGUGCAUUUUCCCCACGCUAACACCAAUCACGCUGAUUAUCGGGGCUAACUGGGCCGCUGACUCAAUCAGCUGUCUAAAUAUUACACCGCUGCCAGUUGCACGAGAUCGAGUCUCGCUCAGGUUUCACCAUCUGGACCAGAAACUUGAGCUAAAACCUGAAUUUAGAUACAGAAAUGAAAACAGAACCUGAGAGCACAUUUCCAUGCUACCUUCUCGAAUAUCGAUCGAAUAUAAAGCAUCUUAACUUUCUGCGCCUGAUACUUGGUUGUGAUUGUUUUUGCAAGAAAAGCCCGAGGGUGGGCUGAGGAGAUGAGUCGGCCUCUCAGUAUUUUUGGGUGUCUGUGGAGAGUUUUUCGGCCUGUGUGGUGCUUUUUCUAAACGUCUGGUUGCACUGAUGUUGUGAAGGGAGUGGCUGAUCGUAAGAAAGUUACUAGACCUGCUUUAAGGAACAAUUAAAAAGGCUUAAAGUUUUGUUUAGUUGAGUGUAAGGUUGUAAAAAAAAGCGAUUUGUUGCUUGAAAAUGAAACUUUCUCUCGAAGGGAACCCAUCUGCGAAUUUCCUCAGACUCUCAUAAGGAAUAAGACCUUAUUUCUGAGAGGCUCCCUCCUGCGCUGAGCUCAUUUGGGAACCCUGGAUGACGUGCCCUGUCUGGGUGUGUGUACUUUCCUCAUAUUAUUCCCCCUUUUUUGUGGAGAGAUGAAAGUUACAGCGGGGACCUAAUUACUGCGGUGUCGUGGCUGUGUCAUAAAAGCCCGCCGCUCAUUUUAACUCCGGCCCUGCUGCUCCGAACCAGCUGGAAGUGUUAUUCUUUUAUUUCUCUUUACACAACGUCUGUGUUUCCCAGACAAAAAAGAGGGGGGAUAAAAAAGCGGAUAAAUACGUCUUCAAUCAGCCGCACACAUUGUUGUUGGAGUUCUCGGUUUGAAAUUACAGGGAGAGAAAGAAGGUCAAGGGGGCGCCGGACUCCGACUGUGGGUCCAGCAAUGAUCUGUUUCAUUUCGUAAAAACUCACUCAGGAAUUCUUGCAGUUUAAACAUGUCUUAAAGUUUGCAGCGCCAUACAAAUAGAACUUCAUAGAGCCUCCCUAAGGAGUAAUUUUGUCCUGAAAAGCCACUUAAUUAGAAGGGAGAUGCUCUUUCUGACAGAAAAACAGACCAUCAGGAGUCCCCUCUGGGUGGAAAUCAUAGGUGAGGAGAUAUUCGCCGCGCUGACGUGACUUCAGGCUUCGCAGCGUUUUUGAGUCUGGCUCGCAGGAGGCUGCAGGAUAUUUACAGUCUGGCUUGAAGCGGGCCCUGCUGGAUUAACACACACUACAGAACAGGACCGCAGAUGAAUUAGCAUGCAAUCACUGCUGCCUCAGAGAGCAACGCGUGUCCAACACAGAAAACCGCAGAGAGGGAGCACAAUAGGAAAGUUCUGGAGGGCAAAUCAACCGAACGUGUUUUCCCCGGAAAGUUUGUGGAAGUAACAAAAAGCAGAGAGCAUUUUUGUGGAGUUAUGAGUUAAAGUGAAGGUGACGGGUGCUCUGGAUUUUUAUUCACGAAUCAAAUCGAUUCACCAGAUUUUUCUGUCCAAUGAGAUUUUACUUACCUGCUGCGUAGAUUUUCACUACUAUCUUUAGAGAGUCAAACACCUUUUUAGUUUUGUUUUUGUUUACUUUUUCAUUGUUGAUAACUUAUUUCAUGUAGUGAAAUAUAAGCACAUUAUUUAAUUAUCUAAGCUUUCAUCAUGACACUGAAAAAAGUUACCUUUAAAUGUCAAGUUUGUCUUCCUUAUCUGAAAGUGGCGCACAAAGUCCUUUAUUUUUGAGUCGAAGUACAGAUAUACCAGUCGACUGUCACUCCAAUACAAAUGAAAAAUGCCAAAUUAUCACUUCAGCUGCUUUUAAAAAUGUGAAAUUAUUCAAACUACUUUAAAAAAAAAAACUCAAUAUACACUCAUGUUUUCUUUUGUGUAGAUCUUUGCUGUUGUUGUACUUAUUCUCAAAUGUACAUCGCUUUGGAGAAGAGCAUCUGUUAAAUGCAUGAGAGCAGUGAAGAAUACUUUGCCGUACAUUCUAGAAUAGAAUAAACUAGGCUGGAUGGAACAGAAUAGAAUGGAAAAAAACAAAAUAGAAUGAAAUGGAAUAGAAUGGAAUAAAAUAGAAUAGAAUAGAAUGGAAUGAAGUAAAAUAGAAUGGAACAGAAUGGAAUGGAAUGGAAUGGAAAACAAUAGAAUAGAAUAGAAUAGAAUGAAGUACAAUGGAACAGAGUGGAAUAGAAUGUAAUGGAAGAGAAUGGAAUGGAAUGGAAUGCUUGUUAAAAGAUACAAAAUAUCAGAACAGAUAAAUAACGGACAACACUAGAUAUCUUAACAAACACAACAUACAAGUUUAAAAAGUACAAAGAAAAACACUUUUUAACUUUCAGUCAUGCCGUCAAUAAAUAAUGCUCUUGUAUAGAUACUUAAAUACAUGAAGAUGCCUCAAAAUAUUUAGUGAUCAGUAACAGGCCAAUAUCACUUUUGCAUGUUAUGAAUAUUAUAACCCGGAGAUUGUGUAAACUCACAUGUUGCAGAUUUCCAGAUUUGCAGGAGGAAUAACAAACCACAGAAUCACAGAGCUAAAGAACCUUUAGAAAAGGGAGUCAAGGUCACUACAAGCAAAGAUAAUGUUUGUCUGGAAUAAAAUAAAUGUUCAGCUAAAUACCUCGACAGGCUUUACCAGGUUAGCUGGUGAAUUAUUGUACACUAUGAUGAAUUUCAUACAUUGUAAAGAGCCUUUGAAAACAAUAUUAAUCCUUCAUUAUGGGCUUGAAAGGAGAAUUGUACUUUAUCAUUACCACCACUAAACUAACUUUCUACAACCACAGAAGUAUGCAAUGUACAGGUAUGGCAACUCCACUAAGACAAACCAUGCACAGGCCUGAAGCACAGGACAGAUACUCAAAAAAAUGGACUUAAGUGCAGUGCUUAAGUGAAAUAAUUUCAAGCACAUUCAUGCUUGAAAUUUCUUGACUUAUCCAGAUGUCACGAGUCACAUUGUUUGCAGGUGUUACGCAGCAGAUUUGGGCCUGAGGCAAAUUUCCCUGGAAGAGUGGUGGUGUGUUUCUUAACUUUCUAUGACGUUUGGCAACUUUACCUUAUAUGUAUUAAUAAUUUUUAGCUUUUUAUCUCAUGUUUACAGGAUUUUUUUUAACACUCAGUAAAGAAAGUAAAAAUCAAACAACAGAAAAGUGUUUUUAAAAAAAUAUAUGAAAGUGUUUUAUGUAUCCUGCUGAGCCACUUUGCUCCGUUUUAAAAACUGGAGUCGCCUCAGCGGAUACUUUUAACACUCAGACAAAUUAAACCCAUGUCGGCAGUAUAAGAGCCAGACUAUUGUAGCAGCACAGCUGCCACAUGUGAAGCUGCCGUGAGUCCUUCCAGCCACUUAAAGUGUUCAUAAACAAAGAGUGAACAAUAAAGUCUGACUGACAGCUCCCAUUGUUUCUCUUACUUCUCUUUUCUUGCCCUGCCGACUUGCACCUGCCACAUAACAGGCACCUUAUUUUUAUUUUUGCUGCAUAUAAAUCUGCUGUGAGUGGAACUGAAAACCUGUGCGGUGUUUGGUUUCAGAGUCCCAGGACGGGAAUUACAAGUCAGACGUGAGCAGCAAACCCAGGAAGGAGAGGACAGCGUUCACCAAGGAGCAGAUCCGAGAGCUGGAGGCCGAGUUCGCCCACCACAACUACCUAACCCGGCUAAGACGCUACGAGAUCGCCGUCAACCUCGACCUCACUGAAAGACAAGUACGUUCCCACCCACCGCAGCGUGUUUCCCCCUGGGUUCAGACAUUACUGAACCCCCCAUUAGCACAUUAAUGCCAUGUUGUGAAAACAGAGGCGGCCUCAGGACGACAAGGAGGCUUUUCGGCUUGCUACUGUGUUUUCGUAACUCCAGUGCGAGGGGCUAUUGUGCUCCAGAUGUGGCUGUGUGACGGGACUAUCAUAUUCCAGAUGUUCAUGUCUAUUCUUUCAAACAGGCCACAGCCGAGGCAAGGAGACGGGGUUGAAGGAAACACUGUCUAGCAAGUCACUUCCUCUCUCCUAGUACCCCUGAAAGCACAAAUUGGUCUCCGAGCGUGGGCCGACUGCUGUAAAAACGCAGGCACAUGAAAUAAAUAACAGGAGACAAAUGGUGGGGGGAAGGAAACGGCGUACAGCCUGUUGUUCACUGACACCCGCUUGGAAGCUAUAAGUCACACUUAGUUGACACCUUGCCAGUGAUAUGUUACGGUGCGAUACAGUGUAGAUUGAAUGUAGAGAGAAGACAAGUGUGAGAAAUGAGGAUAGAGUUUCUGGAGAUGCUUCGGUUGCAAAUGAUAGCGUCAAGGACCAAAAAUAUACACGGGUGCGCCCGACAAACAAUAUGUGUGUCUUCAAUCAUUAUUAAAGCUCCUGUAAGGAGUUUUCAUGUUUAUGAAAGUGACUGAAAUUCAUCCCACUGUGCAAUGCGACGUCGAAAUGACAUCUAUCUAAUGUAUUUUUUCGACAAUGAGGUACGAAUGUGGACGUCAUUUCAACGUCUAAAAGAGGUCCAAUAAUGACGUCUAAAUCUUGGAUCCAUUUUGCACUUUGUGCCGAUGUCCAGAUUUGGUCUUCAGAUGACGUUCAAAUUCUAAACAUCAGAGCGAUGUCUGAAAAAGGUCCAAUUUGGACGUCUAAAUUUCUACCCUAUUUUGCACGUCGCACUGAUGUCUAAAUGUGGACUUUGAUGGACUGACCCAAUACUGACUUAAUCUGCACGUCUCUUCGACAUCCGAUGUUUGGUGGAGAACCAGACUGACAACUUCUAUAUCCUUGUUUUUAAUACCAGUGUGGGGGGUAGGUAUCAGCCAAGCAGUUGAAGAAUCAACCGUUACUGUCCAAAAAAUAUGUUAUUGGAUUGUUUUGUUAGAAGGCGUUACUUAAGCAUGUAGAUGACAAAACAAGUCAAGACUGAUUGGUCCACAGGGGGCGCCAAAUUUGACAAAAACUUAAAGUUGCUGACAGGAGCUUUAACUACUUGGAUUCCAUUGGUGACAUUUUCCCAAACUUUGCUCUCAUGUUUGCAGGAGGAGCUAAAGUUGAGGACUCUCUAUGUGGGCGUGUUUUUAUUUUAAAACACCAUCUCACUUAGUCCCACUGCAAUGUUGUUGUUUUUUUAAUUUUAAGUGUGCAAACUGCUUCAAUAAUCUAAAUUAUGAGGGCACCUAAUUGGAAAAGAGCCAUCAUUAAUCCUCUCUAAGAAAUAAUACCUGUGAAAUCCACCGGAAUUUGUAAUUAACCCAUAUAACCCUGAGCCAAGUUGGUCAAAUUUGCAGCAGAAUUAGACACUCGGGGCGGCUGAUCCAGCUGUCGAGCGUGUGGGAACCAAGAGGCUGUAGCAGAAAGAGCGGUAUCGGGUGGAAAUCUGAGAUGGGAGCGAAACAAAAAGUUAAAUUUGAGAUAUUUGUCCAUGGAAUCAAAAAACAUCUAAGCUCAUGAAGUGUUCAGGGUUAAACUUAUCUAUGGCAGAAAGAAGUCAACCCUUCUACAAAGGUGAAAACAGACAAGAUGCUGAGGCAAUAAAAGAUUCUCAAAGGUAUUUAGAUCAAACUUUGGAGACGACAAAAACAAAUCUGAAAACAUUCUUACAAAGGUACCUGAAAACAGAUCUAAACAAAACCAAAACAUGUGCUUAAAACCUUGAAAGGAACCUUGAUAAAGUCACUCAGGGUAGCUUUAAACUAACGCUGAACAGAUAAUUAAAGGCACCUUGAUAGUUGACAAACAAUGGAAGGUCAUUUAGUGUUCCUUAAAAGGGUCCUAAGGAUGAAAACAGACCUUAAAACUGACGCUUUGGGGAAAAGGGCCUUACAGGGUUCUUCAAUACAGUCGCUGAAGAACAACAAGCACAUAAUGGAUGCUGAAAACAGAUGGAUAGAUGUGUAAGCCGAUAGAAUAACAUUACCUCAAAAACUCAAGCGGGUAACUCAAAACAGAACCGAGAAGAAAGACCACAAGUUAGUCACAAAUCUGUGCGUUGAAACUGAAACUGAACUUCGACUAAAAGGCCAGCAGCAUGAGAUGCUAAGGAAUAGUCUAGGAGUUUGGGCAAUAGCAGACUAAGAACCAGCAACGAGACAGAGCAACUUGUUGCAGGUUCUUAGUCUUAAUUUAGUAUCUCAGCUCUUCGGUAUCUCCAAAACGACAUUCAGACAGUUAAUCCAUUUUUCUUUUACUCGGACAUGUCCUCUUUUUUGGGGGCUGUCCAUCCUUGUCCGGGGGGAGUUUAUAAAAUCCUUCAAAUGUUCUGGGUUUUGAGUUUGUGUCGCAUGGACUUACUGAGUUAGAAGCGUGUAAAAAUCACUCGACUCGACCCGAAGAACUCUGGAGUAUCCCCCUAAUUUUGUCUCAACUUUUCAACGAAAGACAAAAGUCACUAAGUCUGGCUUUGUGGUCCAAUUCCCACACGCUCUAAAAAUAAAACGUUUGCUCCCACAGUGCUGUGGAAAAGGCUGCAGAAAAAAAAAAUCAUCCAUCAGAGGACACUUUUAAUCAGGAGAUAAAAAUGUUUGCAGGUGUUUUUUAAAUUCUCUCAGUAAUGUGAGCAGCUUCUUAUGGCUUAAUGCAGAGGAAUGGGAAACUUUGACAUAAGGAGAAAUAAAUGGCUCGGAGUAAAUCAUGAGACUUACCCUCAGCGUUUGCUUCAUAUUUCUGAGGUGCAAAAACUUUGAAGGAAUACUUCUUCGUACGUCUAUCUUGGGGAAAACUCCAUUUAACUCCACAGGCCCACAACUCACUGAGCCUGCCAUAAUUAUUCCACUUCAGCCUCCCAGACUGUUGCAAUUAAUCUUUUCGUGGCUCGCAGCAGCACUGAAAGUGCGUGAAAUUUCCUCGGCUCAUGCAGGAUAAGUUAUGUGUGACGUCAGUUUUUGUCAGGGAAAAUAUACAGCCAGGAGAUAGUGAGGUAAAUAUUGGCAAUGCAAACAGCCAGCUCAGAGUUUGAUUUAUACUGCCUGAGCUGUUUGGAGUGAUUUGAUUGAUGUUUUAUUGUAGACCAUGGCAGAGGCAGAGCUAUAGGGCCAAAACCUCGCAGCCUGUUUGGACUUAACACGUAAGGAAAAACACGUACAAUUUAGCUUUUUGGAAGAAAGACCCCCAAUAAACAUAUUUUUUCAAAAAGCAUAACUUCUGCAGGAUUGAUUAGGAAAUAAAUGCUUUUUUCAGCUUAUUAAAACAUUUAAUUUUGGUUUUAAUUGCAUUUAAAUUACUUUUUCAGACUGAGUAAUGACACAGUGCAUUAUGGUAAAUGAAACAGUAUUAAAAUAAUUGUUAUGAGUCACCCUAAAGUUGCCUUUUGACAAAAUUUUGCCCAGUUUUAACAUGAAUGGUUGGAAACCUCUGGUGACAGAAAAGCCUGUGGUUGUUGUUGUUUUAAAUGAGCACCGACAUUUAACCUGAUUUAAUCCACACUAAAUGAGUACAAGAGUCUUUAAUAAUCCCCUUUUUAAGCUGUUAAUAGGCUGGUCUUUUGGCAAAUCAGGGUCUUAAAUGGGCAUUUAGUAAAGAGCUAUGUAUUUGAUGUAUAACUGUGGGCUCUCACAGAUCGCCAAUUUAACGUAAAGAGUGAAACGAUUGGGCAAAGUCACUCUGCCUCUGACCCGCCCUCUGUACUAAAACUUCAUGACAGUUGAAGUAAUUCAUGGAUCUAAAUAGAUAUCAUGUGUUUGGAUUAGAUCUUAUUUCAAACAGGAUUAACUAGGAUGACCAUACAUCUUCUUUUAGCCGGACAUGUCCUCUUUUUGGGGGCUGUCUGGCAAAGUUUAUAAAAUCCUUCAAAUGUCCGUGGUUUUGUGCGGAAGUUUCGAGUUUGUGUCACAUGGACUUUCUGAGUUGGAAGCACGUAAAAGACACUCGAUCUGACCCGAGAAACUCUCAAAGUUAACUUUGUGCGACUCCGUGACUCCGCCCCUUCUUAGUCGUGUCCUCUUUUUGGAAAGUCAGAAUUCGGUCACCCUCGGAUUAACAGAUUAACUCUUGUCAAAGUUAAUAUCCUUGUUACAGAUUUACAGUCAGUAUAUUUUUAACUAUGUGCCCAUCUCUGGAUUUCACGUUGCAUUAUGGUGCUGCAAAAGCCUGAGAGUCAUGUCUUAUAAACACAAAACAGGAAACGCACAGCACUUCUACUACACUUUAUAUGCAAGGUUUGACACUCAGAGGUGUAAUGGUGCCAAUGGUACAUGUCUGCAGAGCUGGAGGCUGCAGUUUUAGGACCACAAUUCUGGGACCACAUCUCUUGGACCUGUGUUUUGUUUUAGUUUGAGGGGAGGGUUAGGGUAAGUGCUAGGGUUAUGGUUAGAAGCUAAAAUUAGUUACCCAUGACAGCGAAAAUUCAGUCAUAAUGGACGUUUAACGUUGCAGACAACGAGGGUCUUUGAAUUCAGGGCUUGACACCAAGUUUCGUGCUCCUAAAUUGAAAAAGUAAGGAAGACACAACGAACUUUAGGGGCACAAUGAAAAUUGGUCAACAAUGUUUGUCUUAUUGGUCGACAAAAGUACGAUUAUUUGAAAUCAAUUUUAGGUCUUUUGGUCACAUGACAUGGAAGCUAUUGAAUUGUCCUGCCCUGGAAUUGUCUCGUAAAUACGGUCUUGAAUCUGCAGCUUCAAGGUAUGAUGGUGCAAAAAGUUGCUCCACCACUAAACGGCUCUCGGUGGUUGUAACAGAGCUGUUAUGUAGCUUUGGCUUUGAUGUGGUGAAACAGCUUGGUGUGAGUAUCUGUGGAGCUGCUUGUGCUUCCACAAAGCAACAAUGCAAUCUUGAAAUCCUACACUAGGACCCUGUUGUCAUUAGUGCUCCUGUCACUGUUGAGGUUAACUCUGAAGUGAAACUGUCUAGAGCCAAAAUCUUCAUUAUGGAGCUGGUUGCAGCGUGUAGUGUGUGGCUUACAGCGCUCCUUUUUAGUGGUCUCAAACAGCAGAAGAAAAAGGAAAACACAUCCUGGCCUCCUGUACUGGCUUCCUGUUCAUUCCCACAUUGAUUUUAACAUUUUAUUGCUCACUCUUAAGGACUGUAAGUACAUCAAACAACUGCUGACCUCCAUCAACUGGAAAUGGAUCACUGGUUGUGUGCAGAGCCUGGCCAGGACUAACAGCUGUCAGGCUUUGGUCGUCUGGUUACCAAAGUUGUAAAAAAUGAUUUUAUUCAUCUGUCAAUGCUUUUAAAUCCAUCCUCAACACAUCAAAAAACACCUCUAAAUUUUUAUUUUUGUAUGUUUUUUAACUAUUUUAAAACCUUUUAGAGACACGUGCCACUUGACAACAGGUGAUAUUGAUAUUAUUGUACUUGCACAGUCAUAGAGUCCAGGUACGCUGCAGGUAAGCGAGGGCAAAAGGUUUGUGUGUAUGCACGUAACCCUUAAAGGGUCACAUGUUUGGUUUGACAUCAGACCCUGGCAUAUAUAAGUGAUCCUCUGCUGCCCCCCCCCCACAGCUCUCAGAAAAGGCCCAGAGGCUUGUAAAGAAUCUGAGGUGAGACUCAGCACGCCGUUUAAGACAAACGUUUGUGCUGUCAACUCGCUUCCUGACCAUGUGACCGCUCAGUCCCCUGAGUAUGACACUCCCCAAAAAUAAACUCACCCCACCCUUCGUGACAGGAGCGAGCCUCCCCUCCUCUCUCCCACCCACCUCCCCCUCCCUUCAGGCGUACGUGUCGACACUCAGACGGCCUCUGCUGCUUCUUGACGUGUACACCGUUUUAAGCAACAGCUUAAUCAUCAAACCGAGAGACGUAAAUACGGAGGAGGCUGUUGAGUCAGGGAAAAACAGGUAGAGGCCAAGAGGCAGCCGGAGCCGAACGUCCGUGUGAAGCAACUGCAACAGGAAUAGCUGCCAAACUUUUCAUGGACGUUCUCCUCAAUCUUAUUUAUUUCUGCAACUGUUUUCCUUUUCUUUCAAAGCAGAUAAUUUGAUAUUUCUGUCUCUUUUGUAGGUGAAGGUUUGGUUCCAAAACAGGAGGAUGAAGUGGAAAAGAGUGAAGGGCGGCCAGCAGGGGGCAGCAGCUCGGGAGAAAGAACUGGUCAAUGUGAAAAAGGGGACGCUGCUGCCGUCAGAGUUCUCUGGCAUCGCAGCGCUCCACCAUUCGACGGACUCCUUAGCCAACGAGGACAGUCAUGACAGCGACCAGAGCUCUGAGCAUGCUCACUUAUGAUGCCCCGCCCCCUCUCCUCCUCCUCCUCCGAGGAUCGGCCCUGCCUCUGACUCAGGACCGGCCUUGUAAGGACUGCUGUUUGCUGAUUCGCCAUCAUACAAUGAUGCCAAAAAAGUGUACAAAUGUACAGAGGAAUUAUGUAUAAAGCAAGCAAAAUGUAAAUUUCAAGCACAUAAAAGGGAUGUUGACUCAAUUCAAAGCGCUACCGGUUAAAUAAUAUUCUUUACAAAAUACAGUAACAGGUAAUCACACUUUUCCCUCCGCAAAUCAACUUAGUGUUUCAGCGACAUUUGGAAAAUACUAUUCAGUCAAAUGGUUGUAAACAUUCCAUGUUGUGUGCCUUAAAAGAAGCAAAGUCUUAAAUUUGCACUGUUGAACGUGCAGUCUGCACUCCAGUUUCUACUGUAAAAAUGUACAUUACAAUGUAAUUGAGGAAUUGAUCAAAUCAAGUGCCGGGAAAUCAAAUUAGCCGAGCUAAUAUAAUUGAUUUGUAAAUAAUUCUCAGUCUUGUCUAACUUUAACAUUUUUAUACCCACAGUUUUCAGCACUGACAGUUCUUUGGUCAACACUUUCCUGCCUAGAAAUGACAUUUUGUAAACAAACCUGAAACCUGAAUGAAGAUUUUGUUAAUCCUUUCAGGGACAGUUGCAGAUCAAAUAAAAAUUUAAUCAGUGG